AUGAGCCUGUCGACCAGUGGCGAGCCGGCUUGGGGGGAGGUGGGUGGCUCUGGUGGAGAAUCGCAGACAUUCUGCCGGCCAGUCUCUGCAGCUCUGGUGCAUCGUUGUUGUCGGGUCGGAAAGGACGAAAGAGGACUUGCCGCCAUCUCGCGCACGGGCCCAGUGGACCCUGAUAGAUCCAACCCAUACGCGAUCCUAUCCCAUCGAUGGACGGACGAUGAACUUGCAUUCAAAGAUUACCACAAGCUCCACGAGCUCAACACAGCAGGCGCCGAAAAAGUGAAGAACUUCUGCGCCUUUCUGCGUGAGACCAAUCAUGCUCCUCCUGACGGGACAGAAAACGAGGAAACACGAGUGCCCGGUGGUGAACCUCGGAAUGACGGCCUUUUCAGCCCACGGAACAUUGACGGCUGGAUGGAUGACAUCGGAUCCGUGAGUUCGCUGGAUGUAGAGGAGUCACGACUCGAAUACGAAUACCGUGAAGCAUUGAGGUCGUGUGUGAUUCGCGAAGACCUUCAGAGUUUCUCGCAGCCUGUCCAUGCCACUGAGCCAUCGAACGGCAGUAGCCUUCCAGGAAGCUCCUCAGCUCCAGCAGACGCAGAUAGCUGGAGUCACGGCAUGAGCAACACCCCAGCUGCUGGGUUCACCUCAGCCAUGCCACUAGGCCAAAGCGUCAACAAUGGAUCUGUCAUCGAAUGGUUCUCGGAGCCAUGUUCAUCCUAUGGUGAGGUUCAAGAAUCAAGCCCGAAAGCGUCCAAGCAACGCAAUGACAAUGCCGAGGAAUCGUCCAAUGGUCCGGAUUCUGAGAUCGAUGAUUUCAAUACUGAAGUGCAUCACUCAGAGUGGUUCACUCGAGGUUGGGCCUUACAAGAGCUGCUCGCACCGGACGAAGUCAUUUUCUGUAAUCAAUACUGGCAUUCUAUUGGCCGCAAGAAAGACAUCGAAUUCUGCAAGAUCGUUGAAGCCGCGUUCGGGAUUCCCAUGCGACAUUUAAUGGAGCCUUCGACGACAGAUCAUGCGAGCGUGGCGCAGCGAAUGAGUUGGGCGUCCCGACGGGUGACAACUAGACAUGAAGACAUUGCGUAUUGUCUUUUGGGUCUGUUCGAUGUCCACAUGCCUCUGAUUUACGGAGAAGGCCAAAAAGCAUUUCUGCGGCUGCAGGAGGAGAUCAUCAAACAAUCCGACGACGAGUCUAUUCUAGCGUGGACUCGUCGUUCUGAGUACGAACUUAUUCAUAGGAUGCACGGCAGUAACCUGGAGCCUCUGUUAGCUACACAUCCUCGAGACUUCCUAAACUCGCAAGCUAUCUAUCGAAUCGACAUGAAGACUCGCCAGCCAUACACAAUCACGAACAAGGGACUCCAGUUCGUGGCUGACGCAACUUAUAUUGAAUACUGCGGUAUUUACAUCGUCCAACUCAACUGUGCUGAGGGUUACCUAGCUACGGCUUCUGAUAUUGAAGCCUUUACGGAGCGUUGCAGGCUCGAGUCUGCCGGCCGACAUACCACGCCAUGCUUGAUCGCGUUGAAGGAAGUUCGAAAAGGCGUGUUCGCUCGAGUUGAUUGCAACAGUAUGGAUUUGGUCAGUUUGGAGCACAGCCCUGGGGUCAUCUCGGCUCUCCGUAGGAAGGGUUGUCACUCUGUCAACAACAAGCACUUCCUGUUAGAAACUCGAGAGGCUGAAAGUGGAUGGAUACGGACUCAAGAUAGCAGGCUGGUCGCAGGAGGCAAGGUGCAAUACUUUGUCGGCCAGCCACCAUCGCAGUUGUCUCGGUGGCUCUUUGGCGACGAAGAGGAGAGAACUUGA